AUGUCGUCCGCGGAACCGAUUGCCCUCGUCGGCAUCGGAUGUCGAUUUCCCGGAGCCUCCUCGACACCGGCAAAGUUCUGGGACUUGCUCAGCAAGCCCAAAGAUGUCGGUGCACCGGUUCCAAAGGAUCGAUGGGACGGCGAUUCCUUCUACAACAACCGGAGUGGUAAUCAUGGGACGAGCAAUGCUAGCGAAUCUUACUUUCUCAGCGAAAAUGUGGCUGCAUUCGACACCUCCUUCUUUAAUAUCUCGGCUCGAGAGGCUGAGUCCAUAGACCCUCAACAGCGUUUGCUGCUGGAGACGGUCUACGAAGCCGUCGAGGCCGCCGGUUUACGCCUGGAAGACCUCAGGGGAUCGCCCACAGGUAUCUUCUGCGGCGUUAUGUGCGACGACUAUCAGACAAUCCAGCAACGCGAUGUCUCAGCAAUGCCGCAUUACAUGGCCACAGGAACGGCGCGGUCUAUCAUCUCAAAUCGUGUCUCCUACUUCUUCGACUGGCAUGGCCCCUCUAUGACUAUCGACACUGCCUGCUCGUCUAGUCUGGUUUCUCUACAUCUGGCGGCUAAGGCGCUGCAUGACGGCGACUGCCGCGUAGCCAUCGCCUCUGGAACCAAUCUGAUACUGGCCCCGAACAUGUAUAUCUCCGAAUCGAAGCUGAGUAUGCUGUCGCCGCGCGGCCGCAGCCGCAUGUGGGAUGCCGGCGCAGAUGGCUACGCACGUGGCGAGGGUGUAGCAGCCGUGGCCCUCAAACGACUAAGUGACGCUAUUGCGGACGGUGAUGCUAUCGACUGCGUUAUCCCCGCAACGCAUAUCAACCAAGAUGGCCGCAGCAUGGGUAUCACGAUGCCCUCCUCCACUGCCCAAACCGACCUCAUCCGCUCGACCUAUCGGAAGGCCGGCCUGGACCCGGCCAACCCUCUCGAUCGAUGCCAGUACUUUGAAGCUCAUGGUACGGGAACUCCGGCCGGUGAUCCGCAAGAGGCGUCUGCUAUUCAUGCGGCUUUCUUUCCUGACACUGCCGACGGCCAGAUUGACCCGGACAACCGAAUGUACGUGGGAUCUGCCAAGACCGUGGUGGGCCAUACCGAAGGCACAGCGGGCCUGGCGGCUGUACUCAAGGGCGUGCUGAGCUUGCGACACGGUGUCGUGGCGCCAAAUUUGCACUUUGAACAAUUGAACCCAGCGAUCGAGCCCUAUGCCCGGCAACUGCGUGUCCCGACAGACUGUCAGCCCUGGCCGCAGCUGCCCGAGGGUACGCCGCGACGAGUCUCAGUCAACUCUUUCGGAUUCGGCGGCACUAAUGCCCAUGCAAUCCUGGAAGCUUAUAACCCAACCUCACCAAAUGACAGUCAGAAUCCACAAGGAUGGGACGGCGCCAUUCCCUUUGUUUUCAGUGCCCCCUCGGAAAAGGCCCUCGGCAACGUGCUGGCCGCCUACGUGGAAUAUUUGGACGGCCAAGAAUCGACCGCUGACCUGACCGAUUUGGCAUGGACGCUAUUUCGCCGGCGAAGCACCUUCUCCCACCGAGUCGCCUUGUGGGCGACAUCCGUGCAGGACCUGCAAAACCGUCUGCGCGAAGAAAUCUCCCGGCGUGGAUCGAACCAGGCAUCCACGGUGAUCUCCAAGCCUAGAACAGAUCGCCCCAAGGUUCUCGGAGUGUUUACCGGGCAAGGCGCUCAAUGGGCACAGAUGGGCCUGGACUUGAUCCAACGGAGCCCCGACGCGGCGGUGUGGCUAGCCACCUUGCAGACAGCUUUGGAUGAACUUCCCGAAGAGUACCGGCCUAAGUACUCCAUCCUAGACGAGCUCUGCGCCGCGGCAGAAAAUUCGCGCCUACACCUGGCUGAGGUCUCGCAGCCGCUGUGUACGGCGGUGCAGGUAGUCCUGGCCAAAUUCCUACGCUCGCUCGACAUUGAGCUGGACGCUGUGGUUGGCCAUUCUUCGGGUGAAAUCGCCGCUGCCUACGCGGCGGGUAUCAUCACAGAUGUUGAGGCGAUCCGCAUUGCCCACCUGCGCGGGCACGUUACAUCGCUGGCGGGAUGCAACGGGCAGCCUGGUAGCAUGAUGGCUGUGGGAAUGUCGCCGGACGAGGCCGAGCAAAUAUGCCAGAGCGAUGCGUAUAUCGGCCGCAUCAAGCCUGCAGCGGUCAAUUCCUCGUCUAGCGUCACGCUUUCGGGAGAUGCUGAUGCCAUUGUGGCCCUUGAGGCACAGCUGAAGGAUGAAAGUAUCUUUGCGCGGCGCUUGAAAGUUAAUAUGGCGUACCACUCCCACCAUAUGUUUCCUUGCUCGGGACCGUAUAUGCAAGCUCUCGAGGCCUGUCAAAUUAAGCCACGCGAUCCACAAGGCACGAGAUGGUUCUCAAGCGUGAACAAUGGCCAGGUCGUAGAUUCUAUGCACCUGGAUUCCCUGCGUGGCAGCUACUGGUGCGACAACAUGGUCCAGACCGUCCGGUUUGCUGAUGCCGUGACGCAGGCGCUGCAGGAUGCCUCAUACGAUAUGAUCAUCGAACUUGGACCGCAUCCCGCGCUUAAGAGUCCAGUACUUGACACGCUAUCCGAGAUAACUUCGGCUGCGCCGCCCCUCUAUACGAGUCUGCUCAAACGGUCGACGUCCGGCACCGAGUCCGCAGCCCGUGCCAUCGGAGAUGUUUACGCCCACCUUGGUCCGGACGCCGUGGAUGUCGAGUCCUAUAUGCAAUAUUUCCGCGAGCAGCCGACCUUUCAUCUGGCCAAAGGCCUCCCGUGCUAUCCCUUCGAUCGUUCCAAUUCAUACUGGGCCGAGUCACGUUACUCAAAAGCAACCUUCCGACAGGCAGGCCGCCCCAACCAGCUGCUAGGAUCAUUCUCUUCCGAUACCACCGACACUGCGUACCGCUGGAGAAAUUUCCUGCAUACCUCGGAAAUCGACUGGUUGAGUGGCCAUCGUAUCCAGUCUCAGACGGUCUUUCCUGCUACUGCAUACGUCGCCAUGGCGCUCGAGGCAGCGUACGUGAUAGCAGGUUCGCGGCGCCUGAAGCUCUUUGACGUGCGCAACUUCAUCAUAAAAAGUGCCAUCUCUCUGAGUGAGGAUGAUGCCGGCGUCGAGACACUAUUCGAGGUGAAUCAAAUGGUUGAAGAGCAGGGAGACCAGCUGUCGUCUGAAUUCUCCUGCUACAGCCCUGUGGCAGGCAGGCUGCAGCUGUGCGCCUCGGCACAGAUGAUCCUGUCAUUUGGUGGCGAGGAGGAUGAAAGCCUACUGCCUGCGCGUCAACUGGAGAUUCAUGAGAUGACAGACGUUGACAUAGAGUCCUUCUACGAGCAUCUGGAUGGCCUGGGAUACGGCUACAGCGGGCUCUUCCGCGGCAUCUCCUCUCUCGCCUGGAGGCCAAACCUUAGCCACGGACAUCUAUUCAACGCCUUCCAGCUAGAUUCUAACAGCCCGCUGGCUAUGCACCCGGCAUUGAUGGAUCUACUGUUGCAAGGUAUGCUGGCGGCAGUGGGCAAGCCUGGAAAUGAAAAGCUCUAUACCCUGCAUAUCCCUGUCAGUAUCGGCCGGAUUCUCGUCAAUCCAACUUUCUGUGGACCGGCUGCCGCUAAACUGGAUUCUGAGCUGCCGUUCGAAGCUACAUUGACUUCAGUUGGUCGCGAUGGCGCCGUAGGAGAUGCGGCGCUGUUCGACGCAGUCGGCCAUGGCCUGAUGCAGAUGGAGAAGAUUGUAGUGACACCGUUGAUGCGUGCCACCGCCGCUGACGACCAGAAGCGAUUUUUCGGCGAGCAGUGGUCCCCGCUUCUCCCAGAUAUCUCGGCGUUUUCGCCGUAUCUGACGGACAGCGAAGCCGACCGCUGUACCAUAGCUGAGCAGUCAGCUCUCGUGUACAUGCGCGAAGUGCAAGCGCAGCUGACACCCGAGGAUCGCGCGCAGCUGGACUGGCAUGGCGGACGUGUGGUCGCGUGGAUUGACCAUGUCCUGGCGUUGACGCGCCAGGGUAAGCACCCAGUGUGUCGACAAGAGUGGCUCGACCUCCCCCUUGACGAGACGACAGCGGAGCUGGCCCGCAUAGCAAACCCCGCGGAGGAAGGCCUCAUGCGCGUGGUGGGCCAGAACCUGCUCCGCUUCUUGCGCCAUGAAACAACCAUUCUGCAGGAGCUCCGGGAGAGCGGACUACUAAACGCAAUUUAUAAAGAGACUGGAGAACUGGCUCACUUUAACAAGUCCGUGGGUGAUGUGGUGGGACAGCUGGCGAUGAGAGUGCCUCAUCUGAAGAUCCUGGAGGUUGGCGCCGGCACUGGCUCUGCCACGAAGGCCGUGCUGAGCAGUCUGAAAGACUCAUUCCAUUCAUACAUAUUCACAGACAUUUCGGCUGGAUUCUUUGAACAGACACAGGCCAGCAUCCAGCAUCUCUCAGAUCGACUGACGUACCAGGUGCUCGAUAUAGAGCGGGAUCCUCAGACUCAAGGAGAUUCUUUCCAGCCCCAAUCGAUGGACCUGAUCGUCGCCGCCAACGUGCUUCAUGCCACGCGCAACUUACGACAGACUUUGUCCAACGUGAGGUCUCUGCUGAAGCCGGGAGGGCAUCUUGUGCUCCUCGAGGGCGCCAAUCCCUCAAUCUUGCGCCAGUCUUUUACGAUGGCUGGUUUUGAGGGCUGGUGGCUGGGCGAACAGGACGGCCGCCCCUUUGGUGCGAUGACCACACCGACUCACUGGGAUCGUCUGCUGCAGGAGACUGGCUUCUCGGGUAUCGACACCAUCACCAGCGGCCACGAUGACGGGUUGACUGGGACUGCUGUCUUUGUGUCACAGGCCGUCGACGAUCAAAUCCAGCUGCUGCGCGAUCCGCUUGUAACCGGCCCUCCGUUGACAUCUCCGUCUGAAGACCUUAUCAUCGUCGGAGGAGCUACGCUGGCAUCAUCCAGGUUGGUAAACCGCUUGCGCAACCUCUUACAGCCAUUCUUCCAGGCGGUAAAAUGCGUUGAAAGCUUGCAGACCACGGUGGAUGUCUCCCCGGAGCAGUCGGUCACUGUGGUCAACCUGUCGGACCUUGACUCUCCGUUCUUUCAGGACAUGACCCCGCAGAGCAUGCAGACCCUCCAAACACUGACCUCUGCCGCCCAUAAUUUAUUCUGGUUGACAGCUGGCCUGGACGCCGAUAAGCCGUACCAGAGCAUGAGCCAGGCGCUGCUGCGGUGUCUGAUGUACGAGAACUCGAACGCGCGCUACCGUCAUUUGAACAUUGAGGACGAGCACGCCGUCGACGCACGCGUCGUGGCCGAAUGUGUGCUGGGGCUUGUAUUGCCGGACUUCGAUAACGAUUAUCGUCUGCAACGUGCCAUGUGGACCAUCGAGCCCGAGCUACGCCUGCGGAAAGACGGCGUGAUGCUGUUCCCCCGAAUCAUGGCAGACGAGGCGAUGAACCAGCGGAUCAUGUCCCACAGACGCCGUGUCGACCGGAAAGCCGACCUAACCGAGUCAAAUGUCCUGAUAACGCGACGAGAAGGCGCUUAUGAACCUAUUGCGUCUGCUUUGCCCUCAGCGAAACCAGAAUCGGGUUAUUCUCUUAUCUCCGUCAUGGCGUCGACCUUGACGGCACAGCGCGUUCCCGGAUCCGGAUUCCUGCAUGUAGUUGUCGGGCAGGACCUUCAGGCCCAGAGACCGGUGGUCGCUUUCACAAAAGACUUGGCGGCGGUGGUUUCGACCCCAUUGUCUUGGACUGUACCGUGCGCCGACUCAUAUGGCAAUGCCGCUGCCGCUUGUACUUUCCUUGCAGUUUUGGUCGACAUUCUCGUCGCCAUCGACCUAACCGAGCAUACGAACCCUGCGACCUCGUUACUGGUGCACGAGGCGAAUGAGAACAUGCGGAUUGCGAUCCAGACUGAGGCGCGACGCCGGAACGUUGCGGCGCAUUUCACCACAACCCGCGCCACAAUCGCACAGAGCAACCCGGACGUACAUCUAAUUCAUCCGCUUGCGCCAACCAGAACCCUCUCGCGGGAUCUACCGCAAAAUAUAUCUCUAUUGGCGCAGUUCGAUCAUACCAAGUCGGGCGAGCUCUUCAACCAUCUCACUAAGGUGGCGGCACAUAGCGGCCAUGCGCGUCAGGAGAGCCUCGAAUCGAUACAGAUGGCCGAGGCAGUGGUGCCAUCACCGUCGAAGAUGGAAUCCGUUGCGCACCGCCUUCAGAAUGCUGUCGGUCUCUGCGCCGCCGCAGCCACCUCUAAGUAUAAUGGUUCAAAGACGGUGGGCAUGAUUCCAGUGCAGUCGGUCUCCGCGCACGCUGUGGAUCUGUCUCGAACUCAGAUCCUGGACUGGCAGGCCGCUGCCACGAAAUCUAGUGGAGUGCCUGUUAGUGUACAGCCCGCUAGCAGCGACGUCAUUCUAUCUUCUGAGAAGACCUAUCUGUUGGUUGGAAUGACCGGAGACUUGGGGAUUUCCGUCUGCGAGUGGAUGGUCUCAAAGGGAGCACGUAGUGUCGUUUUGACGAGCCGUCGACCGCAGACUAAACAGACUUGGAUCGACUCCAUGGCAAAAAUUGGUGCUAAGAUCGUCGCCAUGUCCAUGGAUGUGACAGAUCGCGAUGCGGUCCAAGAAGUGGCCCAGCGAAUUCAAAGCACCCUACCCCCCAUCGGGGGAAUUGUGAACGGUGCUAUGAUUUUGCAAGAUCAACUGUUCGACAAUAUGCCGUUUGAGAGCAUGGAUCGGGUCCUCAAACCCAAAGUCAUGGGCACUAUACUGCUCGAUGAGGUCUUUUCGAAUGCCUAUCUAGACUUCUUCAUCUGUUUUGGAUCACUGACCGGUCCCGCCGGCAACAACGGACAGUCGGCGUACGCAGCGGCAACCUCGUUCAUGACCAACUUCAUCCACGGCCGGCGCAAGCGUGGACUUGUUGGCAGCACCAUCAACCCGGGAGAGAUCCGUGGCGUGGGCGAGGGCGAGCUGAACGAGCUCUUCGCUGAGGCCAUUCUGGCUGGUCCUCCAGACUCCGGACGCGAGGCAGCUCCUGUAGCCGGCUUCCCCUUCGUGAACCCGGAAGAGCAGCCAGGAAUUGUCUGGUUGAAGAACCCCCGUGCUUGGGGACAGUUGCUGUAUUCUUCGGCGACAACGGCGGAGGCCAAGGAUAGCGACACGAUAUCGUUGAAACAGCAACUCGCGUCGGCGGGCUCCGAGGAGGAAGCCAGGGGCAUGAUCGAGGACGCCCUGUUGGACAAGGUCCGUAUGAAGCUGCAACUGCCUGAAGAUGCAGAGGUCACUGUCGAUCACUCGCUCAUGGAGCUGGGUGUCGAUUCACUGGUGGCCGUGGACUUGCGCACCUGGUUUGUCAAGGAGCUUGGGGUCGACAUCCCUGUCAUCAAACUGCUGAACAGCUCUUGUAUUGGUGAGUUGGUCGACUAUGCGCUGGCGAAAAUCCCGAGGGAGGAGCUUCAAGCGAGUAAACAAUCAACGGAUGAACCGAAGGCUGCCCAAGAGGACGACUCAUCGGGCAGUGGAUCGUCGACGCCCCCAAUGGAAGGUCAGAAAUCACCGGCGCUCAAGUUCUCGCGCGUCGAAAAGCUGUCCUAUGUGCAGUCCCGAUUCUGGGUCUUGCAGCAACUACGGUCUGAUAAGACAUACAGCAACGUCACUUUCAAGUUGGGCUUCAGCAGCCCGAUCGAUGUAGCACGAUUCCGUGCUGCUGUACAGCAUAUUGGAGAAAGACAUGAGAUCCUACGCACCUGCUACCGUGCUGACAGCGAAGGCCCCUACCAGGCCGUCCUCGCCUCUUUUCCUCUGAGCCUGGAGAUUGUGCACGUAGACGACGAGGCUGGGGUUCACGACAUGUAUCUCAGUCUGCGGCAGCACGUGUUUGAUCUCGAGAAUGGCGACAACAUUAGAAUGACUCUAGCCAUCACGCCGCAGAACCAACAAUUCUUGGUGAUUGGCUUCCAUCAUAUAUGUCUGGAUGGUGUCAGCUUCCAGCUCCUUGUGGGCGAACUGGAACGUGUUUACAUGCAAAGGUCCCUGCGGCCUAUGUCGCGACAGUAUGCAGACUAUGCGGCAGCGCAGCGUGCGAGCUACGAAUCCGGCAAGGUGUCCAAGGACAUUGCAUACUGGCGGCAAGAAUUUGCGACCUUCCCCAACCCUAUCCCACUGUUCCCAAUGACCCGCGUAUCUGCGCGUACAGUGCUUGCAGACCAUCCUAGGGAAGAGGUGCGCAUCGAGCUGCCAGGCUCAAUUAUGACUGCCGUGCAGAGCCUCGGGAAGCGCAUGCGCGUCACCCCGUUUGGCGUGUUUCUGGCGGCACUGCGAGUCUACCUGGCUCGCCUGACGCAGUCCACCGACUUCUGCAUCGGCAUCUCCGACGUCAAUCGCAUCGAGGAAGAGGACGAACAUCUCAUAGGUCUCGUCCAGAACCUAUUGCCCUUGCGAUUCGUUGGCAGCUUGGAGGGUAAGAGCUUUCGCGAGGUGCUUACGCACACGCAGACCAAAGCGCGGGGCGCUCUGGCGCAUUCGCGCGUGCAGUUUGACCGAUUGCUAGAUGAGCUGGCCGCGCCACGCUCGGGCUCCUAUAGUCCCCUGUUCCAGGUGAUGCUGGACUGGCAGCCACAGAGCGCUGAAAAACGUCCUUUUGGAGGCCUACAGGUCGACGUGCAGGAAUGGACUAUCAACAAGACUGCUUUUGAUAUGGUGCUCUCCGUCAUGGAAUCAGGCAAGGGGACAUCUGUCCUCAAAUUCCAUCUACAGCAGGCGCUAUUUACCCCCGAAGCGGCUCAUCUCGUUGCUCGCGGCUUUGUGUCACUGCUGCAAGAAUUGGUGUCCUCUGAAACGACCCGACCGGUCACAGAACCGUCUCUAUACUCGCGCGCAGACGUGGAGAACGCUCUUACUCUCGGACGAGGCCACAAAAUGCCAUCGCAGUGGCAGCCUACACUCUCUCAGCACAUUGAGGAAGUCGCGCGCGCCAGACCAGAUCAAACGGCCGUCACCGACGCCGUCAAUGGACACAAACUCACGUAUACCGCCUUGAUCUACCGCUCGAACGUGGUGGCUAGUCAUCUGGGCGAACGCGGCGUUGGACCAGCAUCCACGGUGUGCCUAUUUCAGCAGCCAACUGAGGAUUGGAUCGUCUCCAUGCUGGCAAUUUGGCACCUUGGAGCAGUCUAUGUCCCCUUAGAUGUGAACAGUUCGCGAGAACGGCUGGCCGUCGUCAUUGGAGACUGCCAGCCGCAGGCGAUCAUCUGUGAUGACGAGACAGAGAGUGUCCUUUAUGCGAUGGCAGUGACUGGCCCGCCGUCUACUCUCAAUACUGACAAACUAGACAUGAAUGCGCUGCUUACUACCAGAGACAUCCCGAACAUGUCAAUUGCGGACGCCCGCGCGGUGAUUCUAUAUAGCAGUGGGACAACCGGGAGACCGAAAGGCUUCCAGCUCAGCCACGGCAAUCUGCAGAACCAACUCGAGGGAUUCACGCGCCACUGCGGACUCGAGGCGCCUGUCGUGCUACAGCAAGGCGCUAUGACGUUCGACAUCUCGCUCGAGCAAGCGCUCACAGGCCUCACAACCGGCGGUCGAGUUGUAGUCGCUCCCCGAUCCGUCCGCGGCGACCCCACGGCCCUGGCCCGCAUCGUCGUCGAUCAAGGCAUCACCUGCACCAUGGCCACUCCAUCGGAGUACCUUCUGUGGAUGCAACAUGCUUCCGAUACUCUCCGGACCGCGGGCGAUAGCUGGAAGAUGGCUUUCAGCGGGGGCGAGACGUUCCCCGGGAGUCUCCCGGCCGCGUUUGCGGACCUAGAGCUAGCCCAGCUACGCCUUUUCAAUUUCUACGGACCAGGUGAGACAACGAUCGCGUCACAUCAGAUGGAGGUAGACUACCGACGACAGGACGGUGGCUCUUUCGACGGAGCCGUCAUCCCGGUCGGCCACGCACUGCCAAACUACACGACAUACAUCGUGGAUGUGGACGGGAAUCCUGUGCCCACAGGAAUAACAGGUGAGAUUGUGAUCGGCGGCGCUGGGCCAUGUCUGGGUUAUCUGAACCUCGACGCCCUCACCCAGACACAGUUUGUGCAUGACCGGCAUGCUACCCCCGAGAAUGCUGCGCAGGGCUGGACGCGUGCAUAUCGCACUUCCGAAAAAGGCCACCUACUCCCAGACGGUGCGUUGGUACUUGAAGGCCGACUGGAUGGCGACUCGCAGGUCAAGGUGCGCGGAAUACGGAUGGAUCUUGGCGAUAUCGAGAAUGAGAUUCUUCGCGUGGCAGGCGGGACACUGAACCGGGUGGUUGCGUCCCUGCGCGAGGCCAACGACGGGUCCUCUUUCCUCGCGGCGCACGCCGAAUUCACCCCAGAGUCUGCGGUUGGCGAUAAAGAGGCUUUUCUUCGCCAGAUUCGGGCAACGCUGGCUCUUCCGCAGAACAUGCGGCCGGCGUUAAUCGUCCCCGUUGAGACCAUGCCGACUACGGUACAUGGCAAGCUCGAUCGCCGAGUGAUCGGGGCCCUAUCAUUGCCGGAGCGCAAGCGAUCCAGCCUGACGGUUGAUCUGUCGGCGCUGGCGGAGAACGAUGAGUGGGUAGAAAGGAUUGGUGAGCUGUGGGGAGAAACGUUGGAGGGAACGUUGAGUGAUCUGUCGAAUUUGGAUGCAGACACGGACUUCUUUCUGGCUGGAGGAAAUUCGAUUCUGCUGGUCCGACUGCAGGCGUUGUGUUCGGAGCGAUUGGGAGCGAAGGUCCGCUUGAUCGAUCUGGUGGAAGGAAGUACGCUGGGUGAAAUGGCCGACGCCGCGCGUUCCUCGACCACCGAGGCUCUGGGGACGUCUUAA